CUUUCCCGGAAGGGAAGCCGCGGGAGGCUGCAGGACCAGGCCUGCGGCCCGUCCCGGAACCAGAGACGGGGCAGCGCUCGAGUUCCUGCGCGGGACUGCCAAGGCACGACCACGGGCCAGAAGGCUGCCAGGCUCAGUGGGCAAGCGAAGAAUCAACCACCGCUACACGGGCGCUUGGGGGCGGGGCCCGAGCGCGAACCCGAGCCCCAAAUCCCGACCCAGGCAGGGGCGGGGCCCGGGGCGGGGCCUUGGAGGACCAGCCCGCGCGGCGACGUCUCCGAGUGGCGUCUCGACAACCACUGACAGCCACCCGCCAUGGCCGCAGACCGGCGCUCGAAGGCCGACACCCUGGCCCUGAGGCAGCGGCUCAUCAGCUCUUCCUGCAGACUCUUUUUUCCCGAGGAUCCUGUUAAGAUUGUCCGGGCCCAAGGGCAGUACAUGUACGAUGAACAAGGGGCAGAAUACAUCGACUGCAUCAACAAUGUGGCUCACGUCGGGCACUGCCACCCUGUCGUGGUCCGAGCAGCACAUGAACAGAACCAGGUGCUCAACACCAACAGCCGGUACCUGCACGACAACAUUGUGGACUAUGCGCAGAGGCUGUCGGAGACCCUGCCAGAGCCGCUCUGUGUGUUCUAUUUCCUGAAUUCCGGGUCAGAAGCCAAUGACCUGGCCCUGAGGCUGGCUCGCCACUACACGGGACACCAGGACGUGGUGGUAUUAGACCAUGCGUAUCACGGCCACCUGAGCUCCCUGAUUGACAUCAGUCCCUACAAGUUCCGCAACCUGGAUGGCCAGAAGGAGUGGGUCCACGUGGCACCUCUCCCAGACACCUACCGGGGCCCCUACCGGGAGGACCACCCCAACCCAGCUGUGGCCUAUGCCAACGAGGUGAAACGUGUGGUCAGCAGUGCACAGGAGAAGGGCAGGAAGAUUGCAGCCUUCUUCGCUGAGUCUCUGCCCAGUGUGGGAGGGCAGAUCAUUCCCCCUGCUGGCUACUUCUCCCAAGUGGCAGAGCACAUCCACAAGGCCGGAGGGGUCUUUGUUGCAGAUGAGAUCCAGGUUGGCUUUGGCCGAGUAGGCAAGCACUUCUGGGCCUUCCAGCUCCAGGGAAAAGACUUUGUCCCUGACAUCGUCACCAUGGGCAAGUCCAUUGGCAAUGGCCACCCUGUUGCCUGUGUGGCCACAACCCAACCUGUGGCGAGGUCAUUUGAAGCCACCGGCGUUGAGUACUUCAACACGUUUGGGGGCAGCCCAGUGUCCUGCGCUGUGGGGCUGGCCGUCCUGAAUGUCUUGGAGAAGGAGCAGCUCCAGGCUCAUGCCACCAGUGUGGGCAGCUUCCUGAUGGAACUCCUCAGGCAGCAAAAAAUCAAACAUCCCAUCGUCGGGGAUGUCAGGGGUGUUGGGCUCUUCAUUGGUGUGGAUCUGAUCAAAGAUGAGGCCACAAGGACACCAGCAACUGAAGAGGCUGCCUACUUGGUAUCAAGGCCUCCCCAUUCCCUCACUGCCACCAUGGAAAGCUCUUCUGGUAUUUGAUGUGUCCUUAUUCAAAUUGUGAGACAUGCAUGGUAUUGAUGUAAAUCUCUCUGUGCUGUGUUUGAACUUGGCCUUUCCUAGUCCCUGCCUUCUCUCUGCUGUCAGUCACAUCCCCAGCUCACCCCCACCCCGCUCCCAGGAGUCUCAGGGAUUCGGAAUGGUCGGGUGGUAUGGAAGGAAACAGAUCCCAAGUUCAGCCUACUCUUUCAUCUCACAGUACCCUGGGGGUGCUUUUCCAGUUCAGUGAGGAAAUGGGUAAGUCACCUGCAGUCACCCUGCUAGGUGGCAAGAGCUCAAUCUGGCCCCAGGGCCGUCUAACUCCAAAGUCCAAGCCCUGUCCUUUCUGGCAUGGCCACGGUCAGUGCCAGAAAGACUGGGAUAGGAAAAUGAAACCAGAAGGUAGACUCCCAACCCCCAAGAAAUAAAAAUAACAAGGUUUACAAAAGAAUGGGAACAAGAAUCAAAGAAUAUAAACACAACCAUGCAGACCCCUCAUCUCAGAGAUGAGGUUAGAGUGUGGACUAAAAGUGAUUAUUAGCUACAAACGAUGCUAAGAUAAAGCCAUCUUCCUAAGAAGAGGUGGAAAUUUUCAACUGGAAUUUUAAGAUAACCCAGAGGACAGGCCAGGGAGAUUCCUGAAGCUCGUGAGGGACACGUGGGGCCCAUUACACCAACUGCAAUGUUGGACAUUCUUAAAAAAACAACAUACAUCACGUCAACCACACAGAAAACCAGAGAAUGCUGGGACUCUUGUUGCAGUCUGCUGUUUCCCUGUGGCCAUCCAUUCUUGGCUUGGACUGUGGCUCCAGGGGUUAGGUGAGGCAAGGCGCCUGUUCUGUGGGGCAGCAGGCUCAGGACCAGGUGCAGUGCACCCCAAGCAGGGGCGGCUGUGGGCCAGAUGCACAGGACUUUGGUAGGGGUGACCAGUAGUGUCCUGGCAGGAACUGGCCCAUGGAAGGCUCUGAAGGCAGUAUGGCUGGAGCACUGGACAUGAGGCCAAGGCCAGGCUGAGGAAGGCCUUGAAGGCCAUGUAAAGGGGUGUCCUGUCCUCACAGGCUGAAGGAGAACUACGUUUUGCUGAGCACUGAUGGCCCUGGGAGGAACAUCCUGAAGUUUAAACCCCCAAUGUGCUUCAGCCUGGACAAUGCACGGCAGGUGGUGGCAAAGCUGGAUGCCAUUCUGACUGGUGAGCUUGAAGCCUGAGCUUGGCCAUGUCUCUAGAACCCAGCCUGAAGCCAGCAACUAGAGCCUCCUAGCAUGGAACAGGGAGGGGACAAGAGUCCAAGAGCAGAGGCACGUGUCCUCUGGACGGUGCAGGGAGCAACAGAGGGUCUUUCAUGCCCAACCUGCUCCUAUUCCUGCCUGUGCCUAAGAGCUUCCUGGGCUGUCAGCAGGUGGAAGCUGAGCCAUCACCCCGCCUGCCUCGGCAGGCAUCAGAUGUACGCAGGACAAAUCAGUAGUGGGCCUGAGAAACAGGCCGUAAGAACUACAGUGGGAGUUGAGACCCCAUUACCGCCAGCCUAGAAUGUAGAGAUGGCAGUCGUUUCAUUCUGUAUGAGGCAGGUCACAUGAGGCUGCUGGGUGGCUGAAAGAUUUGUACCACCGAGACUGGACGCAAAAUGAAAUUCUACCCCACAUUCCCCAUCACCUAGGAUGGUCGUGGUCAACCCAGGGUCCCCCCCUAAAUCCACUUACAAGGAAAUCUCAUGGCUGUGUUGCCAUUUAUAGCUCAGUGAGACCCCACAUAGGCAAAGUUGCAUCUCACAGUAGAGAUCAGAGCUGCCAGCCAAGCAACCUGUGCCCUCCUACCUCUGGGUGAUCACUGCUACCCACAGGCAUGCCUAAUCCCAGGGCUCUGGAGCUGGGGGUGGAGGCCCAUCCCUGCUAGACACAAAUUGGAAGCGGUAGGGAUCUGAUGAAAAGGAGUGUUUGUGGGGGGCAAAGGCUGGCCACAGAACAGGCUUAGGGAUCCUGGACAGAGACUAGAAAUCUCAGAGGAAUUGAGGGCUGGCUUUGUGCUUUUCAGGAAACUGCUGUCACUCCUUUGGGGAAUGGGACAUGGGUGUGGAGAGCCAGAGGGCCCAAUCUCUAAACCGUCCUCCAGUUUGGACACUGAAGUCACAGGGCAUCUUCAGCAGAGAAAGGUGACUGAGUCCGCAUGGCUUUGUGGUCUUUUUCAGACAUGGAAGAGAAGGUGCGAAGUUGCCAGACGCUGAGGCUCCAGCUCUAAGCUAGCCCUGCUCUGCCUAAGUGUACUCCAGGUGAGUGGGCCUUGCUUCUUACUCUUGGGAGAUGCAAAGCGGGUUCCUUACCAUCAGCAGCAAGCAGCCUCGGAAAACAGCCUUUUUUUUUUUCUUAAGACAUUUUUUGUUCUGGUUGAUGCUCCUUCCCAAAGGUUAGUUUCUUCAACACUGGAAAAUCUCCAAUGCUUAGCUUGCACUUGAUGGCAGAACAGCUAUUUCCUCCCUUGAAACCUAUGGGGCUGUAGCCAUGUGGAACCCCAACCCACCCUUGCCUCUUGUAACCACCUAGUCAUAUGCCCCAAAUGCCAGACCUGGAGUUGGGCUCCAAUCCAGCCAGUAAACAUCCCCUGCUAGAGCAGGCUUUUCUUCACCAGCCAGGAGGGGCACUAUUGUGCACCAAUUCAGCUGGCCCUGGCACUGCCCUAGUGUGUAAAGAAUCGAUUUUCAUUCAUCAGCCAAGAAGGUUGGUGUUCUAAAGUGUCCCAGGAGGGGACAUGCCUGCUGGGGAUGUGAGCCCUCAACUGCCCCAUCCUCACUCCCCAUAGACCUCUUAUUCCUUUCUUUAAAGAGGGCUCAGUCCUAAGCAGGGCAGUCCUUAAACGACACCCCCACAACUGGGCCUGCUGCAGGAGGAAGCCCAAAGUCCAGGGCACCUGGCACCCCCCACCCUGAGCAAGAGGUCUCACACAGCAUAUCCCACACUCACCCAGGCUUGGGGGUUUUUAAAUUUUAUUUCAAAAGCUUGGAUAGCUUCAAUAUCCAGGUUGUGGCAAAAUCAGGACACGUGUAAAAUACCUUACAAUACAUUAGAUUCCCAAAAGGUACCAAAAAGUACAGUAAAAUUAACACUUCCAUUACAGGAAAUGUAUGACACAAAUAAUAUAAAAUUAAAAGG